AUGGUGUCAAAACACGAUAGAGAACUGCUACGGGAUAAUAUUCGCUCUCGGAGCUCCAAGUUGAGUGCCACGGAUCGAGAGAACAUUGUGAAGCCAUAUCUUCCAGACCCCUCUGAACUUCCACGCUGGCCACCCCAACGGCGCAAGAAGCUGCCGCGGAAAAAGCCAAUUCGGACCUUUCUCAAGUCACAGUUACACCUGAUAACGUAUGCCUUUCUUCACAUCUUCUUUGGUAUCGCCGUGCGACUCGUGCAGAGCUACCAUGCUGUGGUCGACAGAAUCCUGGCUAUCGUCUACUACCAUCACCGGACGCCAGAGUUGAUUCGCAAGGAUGUCAAAGGAUUAGACCGUUUGCCUGAACAUCUGAGUGUUAUAUUAUCGCUUCGAAAAGAAGACGAUGCUCUACCAAUCCUAAUGGACGAAGUCGCAGAACUCGUGUCUUGGACUGCUAGUGCUGGUAUCCCAGUACUAAGUGUAUAUGAAAAAACUGGUGCCCUCAAAUCCUGCAUUCCCAUACUACAUCAAGCGAUUACGAACAAACUCUCGUCUUACUUUGGCUCGUCUCAGCAGCCUACACUUCAACUUUUCGCACCUCAUCACCCCAUCUAUCAACAGAAGAGCUCCCAAAACUCACUCGUCGUGCUUCUCUUGUCAGCAACAGAUGGCCAGGAAACAUUUGUUGACUUGACGAAAACUCUCGCUGAGAUGGCCCAGAACGGAAAGCUAUCGCCAGAGGACAUUACCAUGGAGUUGGUAGACGCAGAGAUUAGCGAGAUCACCACCCAGCCAUCCCAAGAUGUCGAGCGGCGCGAUCAGCGCUUGCCAUCAGUUAAGCCAGAGCCAGACCUUUUACUAGUCUUUGGGCCGUCUCUGAAACUUGACGGUUAUCCACCGUGGCAUAUCCGCCUCACGGAGAUGUACUACACAGGUGUGAAUAGCGAUGGAAUGGCCGGUUGCAGCGAUACAGUGGAGUAUCAAGGCUUCCUCCGUGGUCUCUGGCACUUUGCCGGGGCGCAAAUGAGGUUUGGGCGUUGA